UUAACCCCUCGGCUAUGGCGCUCUUGACGCACGGGUGGGCGCCGUCGUCCUCGCAUUUUCACUGCCGCUACCAUUCGAGGAAAUGCUGGACACCGCUACACUGCUCGGUGGGUUCUGUAGAGGUCGUGACGGCCGGAGAGGAUAGAAUUCUUGCGAGUAGUGGUGCCAGUGGCAGGGAUUUGAUCGAGCCCGGGGAGAAACCCUGUUCUACUAGCGAAGAUCCAGGAAAGGAAGAGGUUUCUCCUGCGGAGUUUGCCAGGGAAAUUGGAAGAAGGCGCAACUUUGCCAUAAUCUCGCAUCCAGAUGCUGGAAAAACAACGCUGACAGAAAAGCUACUUCUCUAUGGAGGUGCCAUACACGAGGCUGGAGCUGUCAAAGCUCGGAGAGCUUCAAGGCAUGCUACGUCAGAUUGGAUGGAGCUCGAAAAGCAAAGAGGGAUAUCUAUCACGUCCACAGCCAUGGUUUUUGAAACUAGAGGCCAGCUGAUAACGUUACUUGACACUCCCGGCCAUCAGGAUUUUGGUGAAGACACUUACAGAACCCUGGCAGCAGCAGAUAACGCUGUCAUGCUUGUUGAUGCGGGGAAAGGCUUAGAGCCGCAGACAAGAAAGUUGUUCGAGGUAUGUAGAAUGCGUAAGUUGCCAGUGUUUACAGUCUUUAACAAGCUGGAUAGACCAGCUUUACAACCGCUAGAGCUCAUCGAUGAAAUAGAAAAGGAGUUUGAGCUCCCUACUUAUCCUGUCAGCUGGCCAAUUGGUUCUGGCGACAGGUUUCUUGGUGUCUACUAUAGGCCGAGACGACAGGUUCAUCUUUUCGAACGAGGUGGCAAACAUGGUAGUGUUGGAGCUGCAGUGCGAGUCCUUGAUUAUAUGGAUCCUAGUCUAAAGACAAUUAUACCCACGGAUCUCUACAAACAGCUUGAGGAAGAAGUGGAAAUGCUGGAAGAGUUGACACCGCCGCUGGACAUUUCGAAGGUUCACUCAGGCGAUUUGUCACCUGUAUAUUUUGCAAGUGCCAUGAACAACUUCGGCGUUGAGCUCUUUUUAGAAAGUUUUCUAGAGUACUCUGUAAAGCCGGGAACACAUUCGAGCGACAUUGGUGAGAUCCAUCCAGAAAACCCAUCCUUUUCUGGAUUUGUCUUUAAGCUACAAGCGAACAUGGAUCCGAAACACAGAGACAAAGUUGCUUUUGUUCGUGUAUGCUCGGGUCAGUUCAAGAAAGGGAUGAAAGUUCAAGUGUCCAGAACAGGCAAAACUAUCGCGCUGACAAGGCCGCAGAAAAUGUUUGCGCAAGAUCGCUCCAUAGUUGACAACGGAUUUGCCGGAGAUGUUAUCGGUCUCAAUAAUCCAAACGCAUUUUGCAUCGGUGACACAGUUUUCUCUGGCCGACAAAUACGUUACCCAGGAAUUCCAUCCUUCUCCCCAGAACUCUUCAGCUACAUGCGAAACACGAACCCGGCAAAGUACAAGCAGUUCCAGAAAGGCAUUAACAAGCUUCUCGGUGAAGGAGCUGUUCAGGUGCUCUACUCAGUCGACGCAGGAAAAAACGAUCCGAUUCUAGCAGCAGUGGGACAAUUACAGUUUGAGGUAGUGCAAUAUCGGAUGCUAAACGAGUACGGUAUCGAAACCAAGCUGGAACCUCUUGGUUACAGCGUUGCUCGGUGGGUAACAGGAGGAUGGCCUGCGAUCGAGAAAGCUGGAAGACUCUACAACUGCAUGGUUGUCAAGGACCAGUGGGGACGUCCCGUGCUUCUCUUCCGCAACGAAUGGAAUCUGACUCAACUUAUGGGCGACAACAAGGACAUUGGUGAUCUGGUUCCCAUCGCAUUGCCUCCCGAAGAGAAAACAAGAAAGUAGUCCAGUGCCAAUCCAUUCCAGCGGGUAGCAUGCGAUCAUCAAAGUGUUCUAACGCGUGUCAGGGAUAAGCUCGCUCUACCUACGUGUUCUCUUGAUCCGAAGAAUACAUUCUUAUCAUCUAUAUCAUACAAGACAAUAUAUGAUAUAGAAAAUGUAUGGAAAAUUCAAAGCGAUCGAAUUUCUAAAGCUUGCUGUUCUCUUCA